UUCCUAAAGAGAACGUCGUUUCCUACCGGAACUGGGCGAUAUCGGACCGGAAGCCUCGGUGUGAGAGCGCGAAUGGUUGUUGACGACGCCAUGAGUUACUCUGACUACGACUCAGACGGAUAUUUAUCAAAUGAAGAUGCCGACUAUGUCCCAUCAGACGAUAACCUCAGUGAGGAUGACAUUAAUGAGUGUGAGAAGGAAGACCCUCUCCAUGAGGAUGACACUGUGCCUCAUCCUGACCUCAAGAAUAAAAAGAAAAGAAAAGACAUCAGCAGGAAGAAGAGGAAAGAAGAUCUAAAGCAGGUAGAGGCUCGUCUGACGAAGGAAGACAGUGAUGAUGAGGAGAAACGGAAGAAGAAGUCUGAUGAUCUUUGGGCCAGUUUCCUGUCUGAUGUUGGGUCAAGACCCAAAGAUUCUGCACCCAGCUGCCAGUCAGAUUCCACUGAGGAGACUGAAUGUUCAGUGUUAAAGGAGACUUCAUUAAGUACAGAAGCCAAACCAUCAGCAUCGGCUAAAGUCACCAUCACUAAAGUGUUUGACUUUGCUGGAGAGGAAGUGAGGGUGAAUAAAGAAGUAUCAGCUGACUCCAGGGAAGCUAAGAGCUAUCUGAAGAGUCAGAGCGCUCACCAGGAGCAAGAUGAAGAUUCAAGCUCAUCUCACACUCAGUCAUCUCUUCCUGGAUCCAGUGCUAAGCGUCCUGCAGGCAUGUCCAGUAUCCUUAAUCGUAUUGGAGGGAAGAAGCAAAAAAUGAGCACACUGGAAAAGUCAAAGAUGGACUGGGAUGCUUUUAAAUCAGAGGAGGGAAUCACAGAGGAGCUGGCUAUCCAUAACAGAGGCAGAGAAGGUUUUGUGGAGCGUAAGAACUUCCUGGAGCGUGUCGACCACCGGCAGUUUGAGCUGGAAAAAGCAGUCCGACUAAGCAACAUGAAACGAUGAGACACUGAUGAACAACAGAUCGGCAUGCAGAGCAGAGCGGAGCAGAGAUUUGAAUUCCCGUAACUUGUUUUCUCCCCCGGCAGAGUUGAUGUUCAUCCUGUAAUAGGAGAUGUGACUGGCUCUGUGGCUGAGCCUAUUUCAGGCUGGCUGUAUAAAUAGGUUGAGGUCAGGUAAUGCCUCUGGGGCUCUCCUUGUGAGAGCCAAUUUGUGUUUGCUGCUUUUACUGCAGAUCACAUCAAGUUUCAAAUUAAUUAUCUCUGGAGUGAAUAUUGAUUAAGUCUGACAUGCUACUCCCUCGCAUUCCAAUCAUUUCCACUUUUGGAUCAACUCACAUCUCCGUUUCACAGCUGAGCUGUACAGGUGCACACAACUGGCUGUCCUGUUUGUUAAAGGAUCACAGAGCAGAAAUCAAAGUUUACCUUUUGUAACUUAUGUUUGUAUGUCAUCAGACCACAUUAAUAACUUGGAAAUGUAAGACAGCAGCUGGAUAUUCCACAAGAAUCAAAAGUCAAAGUUCAGAACGUGAUUAUGGAGGAUUGUACCUUAGCUACUGCUUGUAAAUGAAUCAACAUGGUCUGUGUGGUGUUUGAGGUUGAAUCUGUAAAUAUACUGUUAAUCUGUUACUUUUAAAAGGAAUUUUGUUUUAUUUUGAACAAAACUGCUGAUUUUAUUUUCUGAACUCACUGAAAGAUUAUCUGUGUGGAUAUGACAUCAGGUCCCCCUCUGAACACUCACUGCUUCCAGCAGCAGAGGCUCAGUCUGCCUGGGAGCUCAGAGCCGUUUCUGUUCUUCCUCACUGAUGGGAAAACUCACCAAGGCAUCCACCCUGACUUCCUUAAGACUUUGAAAAGGGCUUUUUACAUAGCUGUAUUGUUUUGUUUUAUUUUUGUCAUUUAAAAUAAAAAUUAAAAAAGCCAAAUGA